UCCGGCAUUCCGCCCGAUAAAAAUCAUCAAAACACGCGUCGUGCAAACGCUUCACUUUGAAGGCCCUUGUUCCCCUACAAAACCCCUGAAAAUGUCGUACAAGGGGCCCCAGAAGGUGCAGAAGGUGAUGGUGCAGCCCAUCAACCUCAUCUUCAGGUACCUCCAGAAUCGUUCGAGGGUGCAAGUGUGGUUGUUCGAGAACAUUAACCUCAGAAUCGAGGGACACAUCGUCGGCUUCGACGAGUACAUGAACCUGGUGCUGGACGACGCCGAGGAGUACCACGUGAAGACGAAGGCCAGGAAACAGCUGGGGCGCAUCAUGCUGAAGGGUGACAACAUCACUCUCAUACAGAACACGAAUCCUGGGGCCAACUAGCCAACAUAACCUCCGAGGAUGCUCCGAGUCGAGUCUUGAGACUUCAAAACAAACUUCCAGAGGGGAUUUUUGGGGAGUUGUUCCAGUUUGUCGAGGACACUCUGUUCUGUGCAGUGAUAUAUUUACAAACGAUGAGAAAGACUUUCUGAUAGAUUUAAUUUUCCAUUACUUUUGGAGCAAUGAGGCAUUGAGCUGUACAAUAUUUUGUAAACGAAGGGAUGAGUAAAGUAAGAUUUGGAUAUAUCAA